AUGUCUACCGAUUCGACAACUGUUGUUCUUAUUAUUGGUGGUGGUCUAGGAGGUCUAGCUUUAGCUCAAUUAUUAUUGCAAAGCUCUUCUUCAAUUAAAGUAUUAGUAUUUGAACGUGAUAAAAAUGAAAAUUCACGUGAGCAAGGUUAUUGCAUUGGUCUUGACUCAAUGGGACUUGAUGUAUUACGUCGAAUUCGAGUUCUUGAUAAUCUUUUAUGUGAUCAAUCAGAUGCAGUUUAUAGUUUAUCUCAUUUUCGAUUAGUUAAUAAAUAUCUUCAAAAAUUAAUUGAUUUCAAUGCAAAAGAUAGUAAAUUAGUCUACCGAGAAGAUCUUCGACAAGCAUUACUAACAAAUAUUGAUGUUCAAUGGAAUAAACGAUUUAUAUCAUAUAAAAUAUUUGAUGAUGGUAUUGAAGCUUAUUUUGAAGAUGAAACAACUAUACGAGGUACAAUUCUUAUUGGUUGUGAUGGAACUAAAUCAAUUGUUCGUGCUCAACUUAUUCCAGAAUUUCAACGAAAUGAUCUUCAUAUUAUUAAUAUAGGAGGUACUGUAGAACAAAAUGAUAAUAUGAAACAAAUAAAACAAUUAACGAAAGAAUGUCUUGUACGAAUAUUCGGUAAACAAGGUCAUUCAUUACUUAUAUUACCUUUUCGACAAUCAUGGAUAUGGGCUCUUUCAUGGCCAGAAAAAGAAAAUCAUGAAGAAAUAAAUCUAACAUCUGUUCAAUUAAUUAAUAAAGCUCGUCAAUAUUUUCAUAAUGAUGAAAUUGUUCAUUUAAUUGAAUCAAGUUCAUCAUCAACACAUAUAGGUCCUUAUCGACUUUAUUCAGCUUUAUGUUUAAAACAGAAUCCAUUUCCAAAUAAUUCUCGUGUAACAUUACUUGGUGAUGCUGCUCAUCCAAUGACUACACAUGCUGGAAAAGGUGCUAAUACAGCAUUUGCUGAUGCAUUUGAUCUUGCUAAUCUACUUUUAAAUCCUUCAUCAUCAACUCUUUCUGAUUAUGAACAAAAAAUGUUCAAACGAGGUUUUUCUGCUGUUCAAAUGUCUCUAACUAGUACAAACAUGAUUCAUUUAACUGGUUGGCGAGCUUCAUUACGUAAUUGUAUAUUUUCCAUUAUUCGAUAUACAAUAUUAUUCAUCAAUUUAAUUUCAAUACCGUUUCAUUGGUACAAAAAAAAAGUCUGA